CUCUCAAGAUCCUCGCUCCAAAUGGACCCAACAGAGAUUUUCAAAGCGGCAGGAUACGACUCAAAAAGCGCAUCUACCAUUCUAUCACGAAAACCACAGACAUUACCUGCCGACGAUGCCAAUGAGCAGUACUAUGAAGACGUUUAUUUUGAUAGUGAUAUGGAAGGCGACGACGAUAUCGAGAAGCAGGAGAACACAGGGGUGGCGACCGCUGACGGCAGUAAAUUAGAGAGAAUACCAGGAUUGAACGAGAGCACAAAGAAGAAGCAGGGGGCGAAAGGGAUCCUACGACAGAAGGUUCCAACAAAUGAUGAACUCUUUUACGAUCCGGCUGCCGAUUCAGAUGAUGAAAAGUGGCUGGAAAACAAGAUUCAAAGCCGCCGUGCGAAUUCCCCAGGCAAGACCCAGGCAUUUGGUCGACUUGGUGCCUCCGAUGCAACUCUCUCGUGCCCGAUGUGUCUCACAGACGUAUGCUAUGAUUGUCAGCAACAUAUUCACUACGAUAGUCAAUUUCGCGCCAUGUUUUUUGAAAACUGUGUUGUGGAUAAAGGGGAAGUUUUGAGAUAUCCAAAGGAGAAGUCAAAAGGGAAGGGCAAAGUAGGCAUUACUGAGGAGUUGGAUAAGGACGUUACAGAAGAUGAGGUAUAUUGGUCUGUUAAAUGUGAAACAUGCGGGACGCAGGUCGGCGUCAUGGAUGAGGACGAAGUCGUGCAUUUUUUUAAUGUCAUUGCUACUUGACAUUCGAUUCGACAAGUUUAUAUUUCUUUUUGAUUGCAAAACACAAAAUGGAUGGAUACAUCAAUGCCCCCAAGGCACCCUCACGCC